AUGGCGGAAGGAGUUCUUGCCUCGAGCAUCGUCCAUGGGGUGCUGGCUAAGAUCGGCUCCUCGAUUUGGGCCGAGCUUGCGCUCCUGAGGAGCUUCAGGGCGGACCUGAGGGCCAUGGAGCGCGACUUCACCACCGUCCGGGAAGUCCUCUCUGACGCCGAGGCGCGCGGCGGCAGCGGUGAUGCAGGCGUCCGCGACUGGCUGCGCAGGCUCAGGGACGUCGCCCACGACAUCGAUGACCUCCUCGAUGAGUGCCGCACAGAUCUCUGCGUCUCCGAGCGGCGGAAGAGCACUGCCCUGAAGUCAUUGAGGCGCAGGCUGGAAUCCAUCGCCGCUGGAAGAGACAGACUGCGCCUGAACCCCGGCAUCCAACCGCCAGGACACCCAUCCGCUCCUCCCCGUCGCGAGACGAUCUCCAAGGUCGAUGAGUCCAAGACGAUUGGGCGGGCCGGGGACAAGGAGAAGCUCAUGCGGCUGGUCCUCGAUGCCACCAGCGACGAGGACGUGUCCGUGAUCCCCAUCUUCGGCUUUGGCGGACUCGGCAAGACCACGCUCGCGCAGUUGGUGUUCAACGACCGUCGCGCCAACGACGAGGUGUUCGACCCCCGGAUCUGGGUCUCCAUGUCCGGCGACUCCAGCCUCCGGACGCUGGUCCAGCCGAUCGUGAGCGCGACCAAGGAGAAGUGCGACCUUGACAACCUCGACGCCGUCUCGAGCUUCCUGUCGCGGACGUUCACGGGGAAGAAGUAUCUGCUCGUUCUCGACGACCUGUGGAGCGAGAAUCAGGAGGAGUGGGAGAGGCUGCGGCUACUCCUCAAGGACGGCAAAGCGCGGCAGCAAGAUCAUAGUGACUACACGGAACCUGAAGGUUGCCAUGAUGGUUCGCACGGUGGCGCCGUUCGUGCUCGAGGGUCUCUCGGACGACGACUGCUGGGAGGUAUUCAGGUACAAGGCAUUCGAGGAAGGGGACGAGAAUUUGCAUCCCAAGCUGGUCAAGCAGCGAAGGCUCUUGGGAGCAUGUUGAGGUUCAACAAAAAUGAACACUCAUGGGUGGCUGUCAAGGACAGUGAGAUAUGGCAGAUGGAGAAGGAAGAGACUAUCUUGCCAUCUCUGAAACUUAGCUACGACCAGAUGGCACCUAGUGUGAAGCAGUGCUUCGCUUAUUGUUCGGUGUUUCCUAGGAGCCAUGAGAUUGACAGGGACAAGCUUAUUCAGCAAUGGGUUGCUCUUGGUUUCAUUGAACCUACAAAGGAUGAGGUUCAGACAAUCACUUCUAACCAGGUUAAUGGUCACACUGAAGGAUGCUGUUAUGUAUCACUGGCUGAUGACAUGGGAGCGCCUGAAGUUAUUCAGAGCAUGUUUCGCAGAGUUCGUGCCUUCCAUUCAUGGGGAUAUAAUCUUGACAUCAAGCUGGUUCUUCAGUCCAGGUGUUUGCGCGUACUGGAUUUGGGAGGCAGCCCUAUUAUGGAGCUUCCCCAAAUGGUUGGCAAACUGAAACACCUAAGGUACUUGGAUGUUUCUUCAUCCCCAAUCGAAACUCUGCCCAAUUCCAUCAGCAGCCUCCACAAUUUGCAUACUCUGUACCUAUCCAAUUGCAGCAAUCUCUGUACUCUUCCCAUGUCCAUAUGCAACCUUCAAAAUCUAGAGACCUUGAAUCUUUCAGCUUGUAGCCCCCAAAACUUACCAGAUUCGAUUGGGAAUCUCCAAAACCUGGGAAAUCUGAACAUGUCAUUUUGCAAUUUUCUUGAGACAUUGCCAAACUCCAUUGGUAAACUCCAAAACUUGCGGACCUUGAAUCUAAAAGGUUGUGGUAAGCUCCAAAGUCUCCCUGAUGAUAUAUGCAGCCUCCAAAAUUUGCAUUUUUUUAACCUUUCACAGUGUGGUAUUCUCCAAGAAUUGCCCAGAAAUAUCGGUAACCUCUCAAAUUUGUACCACCUGAAUUUAUCACAAUGCAAUGAUCUCAAGUCAAUCCCAGAUUCAAUACGCCGGAUAAGACGGUUGCAUACUUUGAAUAUGUCUCAUUGCAGCAGUCUAUCAGAAAUACCAGUAUCUAUUGGAGGCCUUAAAGAGCUUCAAUUUCUUAUUUUGUCGCAUCAUUCAAGCAGUUUAUCACUUCCUAUAUCAACCGGCCAUCUACCAAACUUGCAGACGUUGGAUCUCUCCUGGAAUAUUGGUCUGGAGGAAUUGCCUGAAUCAAUCGGCAAUCUUCAUAAUUUGAAGAUCCUGAUCUUGUUCCAGUGCUGGAGUCUUUCCAGGUUGCCUGACUCUAUAUCCAACCUUGUGAUGUUGGAAAGUUUGAACUUUGUUGGAUGCGAACAGCUGACAAAGUUGCCUGAUGGCAUAAUAAGCAUCAGCAAUCUAAAGCACCUGAGAAAUGACCAAUGCUCAGCUUUGGAGAGACUGCCUCAUGGAUUUGGGCAAUGGACAAAACUUGAAACAUUGUCCCUACUUACGGUAGGUGACAAAAAUAGCAGUAUUGCAGAGCUAGAGCACCUUAAUGUUUUAACUGGUCAGCUGAGAAUUGAAUGCCAGUCACCCAUGAAGGAUCCGUCAACUGAUGCCAUGAGAGCAAACUUAAGGAAGAAGAAAAAAUUAAGCAGCUUGACCUUGUCAUGGACCAGGUCUUGUUCCAUUGAAGAACUGAUGAGUGCUGAAGCAUUUCUUGAAGUCCUCAUGCCACCUGAAAACCUCGAAGUUUUUGAGAUAGACGGUUAUCUGGGCACUAAAUUUUCCAGUUGGAUGAUGAACAGCAUGGAACUGUUGCUUCCGAAUCUUGUUUCCAUCAGUUUCAGCAACAUUCAUCAUUGUAGUUGCCUUCCGCACCUUGGCCAUUUUCCGCAUCUACAGUCUCUUCAGCUCCGCCACAUUACCGGUGUUCAUAGCAUGGACUCUCAAAUGCCUGUAAAAAUAAACCAAGGUACUCUAUACCGAUCGUUGAAGGAACUCCACUUUGAAGACAUGCCCAACCUGGAGAUUUGGCUAACAUCACCGGUAACCGAUCACAAGGACAAAGAACCAGACCUAUUCAAGUUUCCUGUUCUUAAAACUGUCACUGUAACUGAAUGCCCAAUGUUGACACCACAGCCGUGCCUGCCUGAUGCGAUAGCAGAUUUGUCGGUGUCCGGCAGCAGCUCGAUGUUAUCAGUUGGUAGGAUCGCCGUACCACCAUCAUCGCUUCUGAGGAGAUUAUGGAUUAAAAACUGUCAUGUUUCUUCUAACGAGUGGAGGUUGUUGCGGCACAGACCAAAGCUCGAGGACCUAGUGAUCGAAUACUGUGAGAGGCUGCAUGUUCUGCCCGAGGCCAUCCGGUCCCUCACUAACCUGCGGAGUCUGAAGAUUCUAAAUUGCUGGGAACUGAAAGCCCUUCCGGAAUGCUCGGUGAACUUGCGACACUUGAAUCUCUGGAGAUACGCUGCUGUCCCAAGCUGGUUUCACUGCCCAAAGGUUUGCAGGGCUUGA